AAUGUUGUUUGUUUCUCUCUCUCUCCCACUCGCUGUUGGUACCGAUCACGAUUUGCGCGCUUCUUCUUUCAAACAAUUAGAUCCAACGGUUGAGAUUUCAGUCUUCCUUUGACCCCUGCAACAAGCUCGAUAUUCCAACCACUAUAUAACCACUUCACCCUUCUCUUCCAUCUCUCUCGCAUCAUCAUCACAUCCCAUUUCUUCUUUCAGUUUUUCUCUCAUCUCUCUCUGAAACAACAACAUCAACACCAACAAUGUCCGCUGAAAAAGAGAGAGAGACCCAAGUUUACUUGGCCAAGCUUUCUGAACAGGCUGAAAGAUAUGAAGAAAUGGUCGAAUGUAUGAAGAAAGUGGCAAAACUUGAUGUUGAACUAACUGUGGAAGAGAGGAACCUCCUCUCGGUUGGAUAUAAAAAUGUCAUUGGUGCACGAAGAGCCUCAUGGCGCAUUAUGUCAUCAAUUGAGCAGAAGGAAGAGUCCAAGGGUAAUGAGCACAAUGUUAAACUGAUCAAGAGUUACUGCCAAAAGGUUGAGGAGGAACUCUCCAAAAUCUGCGGUGACAUUCUGACUAUUAUAGACCAGCAUUUGGUUCCUUCCUCCACCUCAGCCGAAGCUAAUGUUUUCUACCAUAAGAUGAAAGGUGAUUACUUCCGGUAUCUUGCUGAGUUCAAGACUGACCAAGAGAGGAAAGAGGCUGCCGAGCAGUCACUGAAAGGAUAUGAGGCUGCUUCAGCCACUGCAAACACUGAUCUUCCAUCAACACAUCCAAUUCGUCUUGGACUCGCACUCAACUUCUCUGUCUUUUAUUAUGAGAUCAUGAACUCUCCUGAAAGGGCCUGCCAUUUGGCCAAACAAGCUUUUGAUGAGGCGAUUGCAGAGUUGGAUACCUUGAGUGAAGAGUCCUACAAGGACAGCACUUUGAUCAUGCAGUUGUUGAGAGACAACCUGACUCUCUGGACCUCUGAUUUGCCAGAGGAUGGAGGUGAGGAUAACGUAAAAGCUGAAGAAGCCAAACCUGCUGAACCUGAGCAUUGAUAAGAUUUCUUUGGAUCUCUGGCCCGGAUUCGGUAGUGAGGUAUCUAAGAUACUCAGCGAUGAGGGCAUUUUUAAGCUUUUCUUACUAAGGAUCUGGACUAGACAAGGUGGGCUUUGGCCACUUCAUAACUCUUGUGCCCUCUUAAUUAUCCAACCGAAGCCAGAAGAUCUGCGCCUGUCUUUGUGUUGUUUUCUUUUUCCUUUAAACAUUUUUAUUUCUAAUGCCUUAUCUGUUUUUAAGUAAAGUAGUUGAAAUUGAAGCAACAAUUUACAUUUACUUUAUAAGCACAUUUUUUUUUUUUUUGUGUUCAUUAAGUCUGAAUUGGUUCUGUUUAAAAUGUUUUUGUUUUCAUGGCCGUUUUACUGAAUGGUGUAAUUUGAACUUGAUCCCUGAAUCGGUUAAGUAAAACACAUAUGUUUAUCUAAAUAUACUAUAGUUGUGUAUGGGAAACACAACAAUAUAAUAGUUCAAGAGUAA